AUGUCGUCUGCUACCGACAAGACUCAAAGCGUCGCCGACGUCGCCGCGGCCGAUCCUGCUGCUGUCGCUGCUGUCGCCAAGCCCGCGACCCCCGCCGCUGAGCCCCAGUGCACCAACCCCACUCAUCUCAAGAUCUUCCAACAACUCAUGAAGCUGUACAAGGAGAGCAGCGACAUGGACAACUAUGUCAACUACUGGUGGCAGGCUGACGACCUCCCGUACAAGCACGACAUCCACAACAUAAUGUACAUGGCAAACGACACCCACGCUAGCCUCAAGGCCGUUUGCCAGAUGGUCAAAAACGUUCAGCCCGAGCUGGAGAUGGUUGAAGCUCCCAAGUAUGUCGAUUCAGAGGAGAGUGAGGAGGAAGAAGAGGAGGAAGAAGAAGAAGAAGAGGAGGAGGAAGAGGAGGAAGAGGAAGAGGACGAGAUUGAGGACGAGGAGAGUGAGGACGAGGAUGAGGACGAGGAGAGCGAGGACGAGAUAGAUUCGAAAGAGGCCGAUCCGAACGAGGCCAAGUCGAACGAGUCUGAGUCGAACGAGUCUGAGUCGAACAAGCAGUCCACGAGCAAGUGA